GACCUUGCAUUAUAGCCCUAGAGGUCAUUCUUUAUGCAAAGCACUGAACAGUAUAAACUUGUGGUCUGAAGCAGGGUGUGUUUUGGAAGAGAGGGUGGUAUAUCCACGUUGUUAGCCUCUUAGAUAUGGCCACUAAAGGAGGGGAAAACGAGACACCAUUAACUACAAACAACGCCAUAAAUCAACUUAGCAGUGUUGGUUUCAGAUUUACGCACUGGAGAGAAGUUGCUCGCCGUCUUCAGAUAAAACAAGACGAUAAGGACAGGUACAUGAGGAGACAUUAUGGUGAUGAUGCUACUGCUUUGGAAGAAUGUGUGGAUUAUUGGCUGAGAAACAGCAGGGAGCCUACAUGGGAUAAAUUUCUACACAUCAUUGCUGCAGUUGACAAAUCAGCAGCAAGACGGAUUAGAAAGUCUAUUGGUCUACAACCAGUGACAGAAGAGCUAACUGUCCUUGAGUUGCUGUCCGAUGAUCAACUCACAGCUCUUGGGGACAUACCCUCAGGUUUGGUGGGACAAUUGAAAGCUGAGGGAAUUGCAGGAGAGGAUGAGUCUGGUUGGCUGAAGGACGUCACGACGUGGAAGGAAGUGAUAAAAGGAUUAAUACAGGUCUUUAAGAAUAAUACCAAUAGUAAAAAAGAAAUCAUCCUUGGUAAGUUUCUAAUGUUGUUUAAUGAAACCAGAAAAAUUGGGAGGGACAUACUUCAAGAAAAACCUUCAACUCCUGUAAUGGUCUCUCCUACAUUUGAACAGAAAUUUGAUAAGCUUUCUUGUGAAUUAGCUAUACUCCUAAGUAAAAUAAGACCGAAACUCCUUCAAAAGCUCCCGCAGUGGAAGGACUUCAAAAGUUUCCUUAGGAACAUUAAAAAGAUUAAGAAAAGAAUUAAAGAAUGCGAAAAUGUGGAAGAAGCCAUUGAAGUUGUGGAGGAAGAAUUUAGUAGCUGCACAAACCUUGAAAUAAUAAAAAGUAUAGCAGGUAUGUAUGGCUGCGAUGAUGUUCUUGAAGAUAUAAAGAAAUAUGAGAAGCGCAUUGAAAGUUUUACAGAUGAUAUACGCGAUAGUCUUAAAAAUCACUUGCCAGUGUAUCUAUCCCGUGAUCAUACUGAGCCACUCCUUUGUGAGAGAUUAGAGUUUACGUUGAAGUGGGAUCCUGAUGAAUUUUCUUAUGAAGAUAUCAAAUUUAUUUUAAACAAAGCAUUUGAGGACAUUGCUAAAGAUAUUAUUGUUCACACCAUAAAUGGAGGCUCUGUUACUGUUCUGUGUCAUAUUCCACACUCGCUCGUACCUCUGGCCAUUUACAAGGCACAAAAGAACAUGGAGUUUCUCCAGAAGCAUCGCAUGAUCAGCCUAACCAUUGGAUACAUGACAGUAAUAGCAAAAUCAAUAGAGAAAGAAGUGGAAGAAGAGGAAACAAUAACUGCAGAACGUUAUCCACAAAAAGAGGAAGGAAUUGAAGAGGACGUAACUGCCAGUGAUACUAAAGAUGAGACAGUCAAUUUGCAGGAAAUAAAAGAGGAACUUGAAGAGAAAAAGAGGCAGUGUCUACAAUUAGAGGAAAGAUGCUCCAAGUGGGAAAAUAUUGCACAAUCAUCAGCAACAGAUCAAAUGACUGAAGCUUUGCUUGAACAACUGAAAGAAUAUCAAGAAAAAGAGCAAAAUUUUAAAAGAAUUGUUGCUGAGAGAAAUAUCUUAGCUGAAAAGCUGAGUAGCUUUAAAUCAGAGAAGAAAGAACUGCUAGAGAAACUAACUGACAAAGAGAACCAGUUAAUGUCUUUAGUUCAAAUUGAAGAGCUAACUCAGCAUGAGCUUGCAAAGGAGAGGGAGGCAAACAAGCUGAUUCAGCAGGAAGUACAGACACUACAAAAUGAGAAAGCAGAGACUGUCAUGGGAGAAAUGAAGAAAAAAUAUGAAAAACUGCAAACAGACAUUGCUGAUGAGAGAGAAAAAACAGAGAAGAUGGCAGCAGAAAAAGAAGAGCUAAAAAGGGAAUUGGACACUGUCAAGAAAAUGAAAACAGUGAUCAUGGAGGAGAAUGAGGCACUGAGAAAAGUGAAGGAAGAAUAUGAAAAACUUCAAACAGAAAUUGCCAAUGAAAAAAAGAAGAUGGCAGUGGAAAAAGAAGAGCUGCAAAGUGAAUUGAACACUGUAAAGAAAAUGAAAUCAGCAACAGUGAUGGAGAAUGAGGCACUGACAAGAGAAAAAGAAAAAUAUGAAGCUCAAAUUAAAGACAUAAAAUUAAUUCGAGUCCCAACAUUGCAUGAUGACUGGAGAGAUAGCGAGCCACACACUCUACCAGUAGAAGUGUUGAUGACAUCUUUUGCUUCUCAUCAAAAAAGCAACAAGCAUUGGUACAGUCCAAGCUUCUACUCUCACGAAAAAGGAUACAAGUUGUGUCUACGAGUCAGAGCAAAUGGAGAGUCACAAGGAAGUGGAACACAUCUCAGCAUUCACAUCCAUUUGAUGAGAGGCGAUUACGAUGACGUCUUAAAAUGGCCAGUCAGAGGAAAAGUAACACUAGAGCUUUUGAACAGGAACCGUAAUGAAAAUCACUUCUCUGGGGAUAUCGAGUUUAAUGACGAUUCUAACCCAGAGGCAACUGGAAGAGUAAUGAAUGGAAUACAGAUAAGCAGUGGGACUGCAGCUUUCGUUGGACAGGGAGGAGCAACAUUUGUACCACAGGACCUUCUCUUCCAAGAUCACUUGAAAAACGAUAGCAUUAGGAUCCGUGUCGCUGGUGUAGAAAUGGAACCAGAAGGUGCAAGUGUAGUACCCAGUGAAGCUCCUACUGGCAAAUCUGCUGUCGUUGAAUUUAGAGUCAACAAAUUUUCUGCUCUUAAAAAAUCCAACGGAAGUUAUGUCAGCGAGCCUUUCUACACACACGAAAAAGGUUACAAGUUUGUUUUCAUGGUGUAUCCCAAUGGAGUAGGAGGAAACAAAGGGAAGAAUGUAUCCAUCUUUGCUCACCUCACCAGAGGAGAAAAUGAUGAUCAACUCAAGUUUCCAUUUAGAGGAGAGUUCACACUCCAAGCUGUUAACUGCCGCGACACUAAUAAAGAUCACGCUGAGAAAGUGAUUCGAAUUAAUGAAUUCACAGAUCCCAAGGAGACAUAUGGCAGCCGUGUAGCAUGGUAUAAUGUAACCGGAAGAGCUCUUAAUGGAUACGGAUUCCCGGAAUUCUUGGCACACGAACAACUCGCAUAUAAUGAAAAGAAUAACACACAAUAUCUUGGUGAUGAUGACUCAAUGCUAUUUAGGGUCACUAAUAUCACAGUAAAUUCAAUGUAAAACAAUACUUUUUAAAAUUGAUGCACACAUUUUUCAGCUUUUUAAUAUAAAAAAAUAUAAAUAGAAAUUCCUAUAAAAACUGUUCACUAUAAUAAUAAACAUAAACCAGGAGUCCUAUUAACAUUUUCAUGUAUGAUAAAAUGAAACAGUGAAGCACGUACGUGUACUAAUACAGAAUAGCAGCAGCAUGAAUACUGUUACUAGGACAACGGAAGCUGUGGCAAUUUACAGCAUUUUAUCAUAACUAUUGUACUGAAGGUUUGCAUCCCCACUGAAGUCAACUGUCACAUUAAAA